AUGUCUAAAGGCCAGACGCUCAGAGCUUUGGUGACCGAGCGCCUGUGUGCGGCCGCUGAUGAGAUAUUUGCGCUGUUUGAGAGGACCAUUACGGAAUAUGAAGAGGAGAUCCACCAAUAUAAAGCGGAGAACCAGCGUAAACAAAUGCUACUGGACUCAGCUACUGCCAUUCCCAGCUCUGUGUCUGUGUUAUCAGAGAUUCAUCACAAGAACCACAGCCUGAAACAAGAAACAUCACAGGGAAACGAAGAGGAGACGGAUCAGCUGCGGAAACUACUGACAGGGAACACGCACAACGCUACGCAUCUGAUUCGCCUUUUGCUGAAGAUAAUGUUGAAAGUUGGAGGGCUCCCAUCAGCUGUUCGGUGGAAGCAGAGGCGAUGGAAGAUCACCGCGAACAAGCAGACUUCUUGA